UAAACAACAAUAGGCGAAAUAGGUAACAACUUAUUGUACUCCUAAGUAUAAGUGACUUAAAUGAAGUGAUCGAUGAGAGAAUGUGAUUGUUAAAGCAUAUUUCGUUAUUAUACUAGAGAUGUAGCUAAUCACAGCUCCAUAUUUGUGCAGGUGAACUGGAAGACUUAAAUUAAACAUGGCAGAUGAAUGUGACUUGGAAGAGCUUACAGCUUUUUUAGAGGAUUCUGAUUGUGAUGAACCGGUCCCGGGGAUUCCUAAAGAUUGCAGUGAGGUGGCCGAACCUCAGAAGUCAAAUAAAGAUGGGGUGAUAAAUCAGGAUGAAAUAGAAGCUUUCUUGCAAGCAUCCGAUGAAGAUGAAAAUGAUGACAAUACCGAAAAAGGUGAUGACUGUAGUCAAGCAGAAAUAGAAGCUUUCCUGGAUGCCUCUGAUGAUGACGUUGAGGAACAGAUUAAUGGGGAAAAUGAAAAAGGACAAAAGGACGCAGAAGAAGAUGGGGGACUGUUUGAUGAUGAUUUUGAUGAUGAAAUUGAUGAUGCUGACCUCAAAGAAAUGGAUGAAAUAAUGUCUCAGUCAAUCUCAGAACCAGCUGAUAAUCCUUCUGCUCCAGAUGAUGAUGAUGAUGAUGAUGAAGCAGAAAAUAAAACGCAUGAUACUAAACCAAAUGAAAUAGUGGAUAGCCAUUGUUUAAGUAACAAAGCAGAACAUGCUAAGAAUGAUGCUGAAGAAUCGGAAAAUGAUUUAGAAAUGGAUGAAAGAAUGUCUGAGGGUGAAGAUACAGCGCAUGAAAGGGAAGAUGAUGAUGAUGAUCCUGAUGAAGGUAGUAAAGAUGGUCCAAAGGCAGACAGUGAAACUGCGGAUGAGGGAAAUGUCAGUCAGUCUAUAUUAGAUGAAAUGGCUGCGAUGUCUAAGAGAAUGAAAGAGCUUCAGGAGAUGCUGAAUGCAUCAAAAUCUCAAAACACAGAUGAAAAGAAAAGUACAGAAAAAGUUGACAAGAAAUCGGCCAAACCACAUUCACGGUCAGGAAAAGAGUCUCCAAAACAGCGCUCUAAAUCAAAGAUUGAGUCGCAAAAACAGCGUUUAAUAGCAGAUAAUAAAUCUCCGAAACACAGUUCAAGGUCAGAUAAAGAUCCACAAAAACAGCAUUCAAGGACAGAUAUCAAAUCUCCGAAACCACGUUCAAAUACAGACAAGGAACCUUCAAAACAUCACUCACGGAUAGACAAAGACUCUCCAAAACAUCAUCCAAGCAAUUCUUCAACUCACAAGUCAAAAUCAUCUGCCUCAUAUACUCCGAAAGGAAAAUCAUCAUCCAAAAGUCAUAGUCCUAAAAUUUGUACUAAUCAGACUCAUAAUAGAGAUGAACAAAAGUUGUUGAAACAAUCUUCAUCAACUUCAGACAGACAUUCUGAUAAAAAAUCUGCUAAUGAAAAUAGUGCCUCAAAAAAAGUGGAUAAGAAAACAUUUUAUGGAUCCAAGCCAAAGUUGGCUUCCAAAACUGAAGAUCCUGUUGAGGAGGACAAUCCAUUUUUUAACGGACCAACGGAGAAAGUCAAUGCAAAGACAUUAUUUGGGGAAUCUGAUGACAGCGAUUGGGAUGACUUAGCUGGAGAUGAGAAGUCUCAGUUAAGCAAAGAAGGCAAGGAAAUGAAAAAGCUCCUUGUGUCAGGCCAGAGACAGAGGCAAGCCCAUGCUCCAAACUUCGACCCCACCACGAUCAAGAAACCAGUCAUGUCCAGAUGGACAGACACAAGUACAGUGCCUAAAAGACCCCCUCCAGUCCCAAAACAAGAAGGCCCAAAGCUGAACCCAGAGACUGGUACAGUCAGUGGGAAAUAUCGACUGCGGGACGAGUACAUGCCGAAAACAACCAGUCUAGUGAAAGAAGAUGAACGUGAAUCAGUGACGGAUCCGUUCUGCGGCAUUAGAAUCGUAAAUCCUCGAAUUUCCAUGGCUGAGUUCAAACGUAAGAUGGAUGGAAGGAACAUGAUGAAGAUAAGCCGUCUUCUGUCAAAUCCUGGGAAUGCUGACCUGCAAAAAGACAACUGGGUCACCAUGGGGGUCGUCGUGCAUAAGACAGAGCCCAGACAAUCUGCAGCGGGCAAAACCUUUUGUAUAUGGAAGUUGAGUGAUUUACAAUCAUGUGAGAAAACUGUGACAUUCUUUCUGUUUGGUAAUGUAUACAAGGAUCACUGGAAGAAUGACUUGGGUAUUGUGGUAGGGCUGUUGAAUCCCUCUGUGAUGGACAAGGCAGAAAAGAUCCAGUCAGAAGUUGCUAUCACCAUAAAACACCCUCAGCAGCUACUUAUAAUGGGUUUCUCCAAGGACCUUGGUAGAUGUCGGGCCACAACUAAAGCGGGCUCACCCUGCUCAUCAUUUAUCAACAAGAUGCAGGGCGAGUAUUGUACGUACCAUGUCCAGUCCAUGUACAAGAAGUCAAGCGCCAAACGCCAGGAACUCCAGGCUAGCACUGGAGUGACACCGAAGGCGUUUGGUGGUGGAAAGAGAACCAACAAGGACGGUUGUUUCUUCUACGGAGGAAAUACAUACAGCACAAAUAGACAACAAUCCAAGAAACCUAAGGACAUGAUGUCGUUAAAAAAGCUUCAAUCAUUUGACUCAAAGAAGUCUGCAGGGAAGAUAACAACAAUGUCCCUGCAUGAACUGGAACCGGAGGAUGAACUUAGGAUACAGAAAUUGGAAGAGAAGGACAAACAACUGCUGUCCAUGUUAUCUGUGCCCUCUGCUGGUUCCAUGAAUUUUGUCAAACACCUUGUAAAGAAAGAUGCAACUGCCUCCCUUAAUGGUAAAGAUGGUGAGGAACCAUUACCCUCCAAGUCAGCCUUAGAUUUACUGCAGAGUCAUAAAAAAGACUUGCAGCAGAAACAAGUACAACAGAAACGUCAGAAGGAGCUACUGUCAGUGGUACCGACUAUUGGGAAGGGCCUUUCUGCGGGUCAGGAGUUCUCCUUGGAUGUCCCUGUGAAGAAGAAAGGCAGUGUGGCAUUGGAGUUUGCAAAGCAAUUAGCAAUAGCCAAGAUCAAGGCCAAAGGAGGAAUCUCCAAAGACGAUCCAAACGCUGUGGUGCAAAAGAAACUUCUCUCACCCGAAGCCAAGGAGAAAAUUAAGAAGAGAGUGGCAGAUGAUAUGGAACAUGACGAAUGUCCGUCAACUUCAACUGGUGCCCAAGAGCCUCCGAAGAAGAAGUCCAAGCUCCUAGGUGACCUUGACCUGAACUCCCCUGAGGUACAGCAGCUUCUCAAGAAGAAAUCUAAACACACAGGAGCUCUGGCUGAGGCUGAGGCUGAGCAAGAGGAGCGGUAUUUUGGCAAGCUGGAGCAGAGGGAACGGAUGGAAGAUAAAAUGGCCUCGAUCAAGGAAAUGGACGUCACCCUCUAUAAAUGUUUAGAGUGUAAAUAUCGGAGCAAGAGCCUUCACGAUCGGUGCAAGAAGGAGCACCACAAUUUUGUGAAGAGUAAAGGAACACAGAGGUUCUUCAAGUGUAAACAAUGCAAAACACGCACCAUCUGCUUUGAUAAAAUGCCGACAAAGGCUUGCAAAGAUUGUGGGAGUUUCAACUUUGAAAGGGUAUCCAUGUAUCAGGAAAAGAAAGGCCCAACAUUGGAAUCAGAGGAGCUUUGUCUACGUGGAAACGAGCAGAAAUAUCUGGGCAGCCUUGGGGGGAAGUCCUUCCUCAACGCAUGAUUGUUUGGGGGAACCCUUACAUACCCUUGCCUAAUGUCUAGUACAUGGCAAGCUGAUAUCAGUGAUUUCCUCGUGUGUGAGGUGUUUAUAAUCUAGACAAAAGUUAGUGCUUAAAUAUGUAAAUAUGUAAUUAUAUGGAGGAAGUGUCAUGUAGUUGGUAUCACUGACGACAAAGUUGCAAGUGUGGUAUUCCCUAGAUACAGGUUUAUGUUAGAUAUAGAAGUGAAAUAGCUGAUUGUAAUUGCAACAUUCUGCAAUGAAUUCAUUACUGAAGGAAUACCUUUUAAAAUAAAAUCCCGGUCCUCAUUGAAUUGUGGAAUAUAAAAAAACUAUAGCAAAUAAAAUGUAGCUGUUUAAGUUAUUGAAAUAGAAUAGUGCACAAUUGUAUGAUUAGAGAUAUAUCAGUAUGGUGUUUUACUUGUUUAAAGUGGAGGUAUUGUGUUGCAAAAAAAACUUUUGGCCAUAUCUCGUCAAACCUGGAAGCUUUGUUCAUAUAAACUUCACACAUGUCUACCAAGUCUCAUCACUGUGGUCAUAAAUGCUUGUUGAGUUACGUCCCUGGGUGUAUUGAGAACUUCAGGGAAUCAGCUGGUGGUGCAUUUGUCAAGUUAUAUUAGGGGACAAAUGAAAGAAUAUUCCACAUUGUCAUGUUUUGAUAGAGUCAUUCAUUUGCCUUGGAAAACAGCUGAAUGAUCUUGCAGUUUAAUUAUGGGCUCUAACUGUUAGGCCACAUGUAUGUAAUGAUAAUACUGAUUUGUUAGUGUACAUGUAUGAUAAUAUUAAUUAUUAUCUUAGAAUUUGUACUAUAUUUUGUGUACAUUUUAAAUUUUGUGUUGUAAAUUAAAUUAUAAUAUUAAAUACGAGUAAUUGUAUAUAUUUCUGAUACAAAUAUUGACUGUCAUUUCUGAUCUAUGGCCUUUUACAA